GAACUUUCGUUCGAGAUCACUAGACCUUACUUGCUUGUUCUUAAGACGACUGCGAUUUCUCCUCAACUACAACAAGUAAAACAACACAGACCACGCUUUUUUUCUGUCAAAACAGAAACUCCAAGAACAAGAAGAUGUUCGUCCGCGAACUCCUCCUCAUUUCCGGCGGCCUAGUUGCCGGCGUUUGGGGUCGAGAUAUAAACUACUUGAGAGGGAGCAAUUCUGGGCGUGGCCAUGAUGCUGAUGAGCCGGAAGGAAAUCAUCUCGCUGCUUACAACAUCAGCAUCACUAAAUUUAUGGCUACAACAUAUGCAUCUUCAAGACGAGCAUCACGGGACCCUUUGAAAGGGGGAACCUUUUCCAGCAUGCGCUUUAAGAUGGAUUUUUAGAAGGUCUAAUAAUGUCCCUUCGUCUACUACCUCACCUGUUCGCACUGCCUUUACGUCCAGCUUCGUGGCAUUGCCAGUCUCUCCGGCGAACGCGGGCAAGUUUAUGGCUUUGAAAGAAUAGUGCCUCCAAUCUACAGCGUUUGAGCCUUCAUCUUGUAGUCCUGUAGUAUAGCAUCGUCUGAGUCUCGUUUUUCUCACUAAGGUUCUUGUAGUAUAUCAAUAAUAUAUCAUGUAUAUCAUCAUCUCACUUUCAACACCUCUAUUAUUCAAGAACCACUACAGAUAAUCAAUGUAAGACACACAACCACCUUAGAUUCAGUGAAACGCACAGGAUAUUAUAUAAGUAUACUACCUAGAUCUCUAAGAACAUGACUCGCAAAGAAGACGACACCGAGGACAAAUAUCCGGUCUC